AUGAGCACGACCGAGGUGGCAUCAUCGUCAACUACUGUCAAGGAAGGAAGCACUUCCACUCAGCCUCCUACCAUGAGCACGACCGAGGUGGCGUCAACCUCAACUACCUGUCCACACGCGAAGGGAACGACAUCCACUCAGCCUCCUAGCACUAGCACAACCAUGGUGGCGUCAACCUCAACUACUCUCAAGGAAGGAACGACAUCCACUCAGCCUCGCCUUAACCAUAGCACCCAGCACGACCGAUGGGUGGCAUCAUCGUCAACUCACUGUCAUAGGAAGGAACGACAUCCACUCAGCCUCCUAGCCACUAGCACAACCAUGGUGGCGUCAACCUCAACUACUGUCAAGGAAGGAACGACAUCCACUCAGCCUCCUACCACUAGCACGACCAAGGAGGCAUCAACGUCAACUACUGUCAAGGAAGGAAGCACUUCCACUCAGCCUCCUACCAUGAGCACGACCGAGGUGGCAUCAACGUCAACUACUGUCAAGGAAGGAAGCACUUCCACUCAGCCUCCUACCACAAGCACGACCAAGGAGGCAUCAACGUCAACUACUGUCAAGGAAGGAACGACAUCCACUCAGCCUCCUACCACAAGCACGACCGAAGUGAGGCCCAGCGGUCCGAUCUAA